UUCGAAAUUAAUUUAUUGAUUUCACAUAAGACACAGAAUUAUAAUAUUUUGUGCUUUAAAUUUCUGAAUAGGCUCAAGAAUUUAUAAGUUUCUUCGAUUAAUCUGCAAUGUCUCCAUCAAAAAUGUGCGCUGUUGAUGAAUCUUAUUUUUUAAAUGGUUGUUUUGAUUCUUAAAAUAAAUAUAAUUAUCCAAAAAAGAAUUAUGGAGCUGGAGAAGCUUAUUUUUAUUAAUCUUAUUCAAUUUACUUUGGCAUGGAUAUUUAUAAACAAUUUAGCUAUUACAAACUGAAUAACCCUCCCUUAUUUAUGACUAUUUCUUUUUGGUUUUAUUUAGAUUAGGUCACCACAGGUAAUUAAUGUUCUUAAUCAAUAAUUAUUGGUUUAAAUAUUGGCAACUAAUAAUUCUUGAAUAUUUGUUAUAGUUAUGCGAAUGAUAAUUAAUUCUAUAUAGGUGUUAAGUAUAACUAAGCAGCCUAUUUAAUUGAUUCAUAUGCUUUAAAUGUAAAAUAAACAUACUUUAUAUUAAUUUCCUAUUACUAAUUUGCUAAUAGUCAAAUGCAAAUUAUAUUAUAUGGUAACAACUAAAUACUCUACAAAUAAUAUCUUUUACUUCCAAAUGUCAGUUUUAACAUGAUCUAUAGUUAUCCCUUAAUAGUAAAUUUUGGAGAUGUUUUAUAUAGUAUUGCCACUUUCUAUAAAAUUAGCUAAUUCAAAAUGACUUUAAGUAGUUCAAUAAUUUAUACUCCAUCUAAAGCAACUAAGUUGAUUCCAAAUUGUGAAAUACUUAUUUAUGUAAGAAAUUAAUAUUAAUGCUUAAUAUGCCAAGUGAACUAUUUUCUCUUUUAGAAUACUUGUGUUUUUUAAUGUGACUCAAAAAAAUAUAAUCAAAUAUCAGAAUAUAGAUUUUGUGUUCCAAAAUGUUCGUACAAAUGCAACUCUUGUUACCCUAAUACUCCUGAAAUAUGCUUAGAGUGUAGCUCAAGUGAUAGAGACAUAUAAUCUAAUUGUUUAUGUAAAUUUGGCUAUGAUGAUCUUCAAAGUAGUAAUUGCUAAUAAUAUUAGAAUAUAGACAAAGCUUUUAUUAUUGAUGAUUAUUAUGAUACUAUUAGAAAUAAUAACUGGUAAAUUACUAAAUCGUUCAACUAAGGCUACACUUAAACUCCAUUUAUCAUAUUAUCAAUAACAAAAAUUGCUACUAAUAAUGCAGAUUACAAGGGUGUAACAGUAUCAAGUUAUUAAAUUACAUAAACAAGCUAUUCAGUUUAGUUGUAAGGAUCGACUUAUGUUUCAGGAUCAUUUUAAGAUACAGAUUUUCAUCUUUAAGUAGCUGUACUUCCUAAUAACGGUUAAUUCUAUUCUGAAAUUUUAAGCUAUAAUUUAAAUGGAUAGUCAUAAUCUAACCAAAAAAUUAAUAUUGGAAGCUACGAUAAAAAAAAAUAUGGAGAUUAUCAAGUUUUGUUUUUUAUAUCAAGUAUUACUUUAGAUAAUAGCGCUUUUGGAACCCUAUUUAACUUAUAAUCAAUAAUUGUAUUAAGUAAUGAUAAAACUUCUUUUGAUAUAAUUACAACUUAUGGUGUUUUAUAUUUACAAAUUACCUAUUUGAUAUGUCCUUCUAGUUUACCUUCUAUUUCUCAAAACUAUCUCUUCACUCAAAAUCCUGGAAUUUAUUUAGAUUAAACAGGCAAGCAUUAUCAAAAGACUCAUAUAUCUAAUAAUACGCUGACAGAAUUUAUGGCCAGUGCAUCUUCAUUGAGAAUUAAAGCACUAGCUGGAUUAACAAGCUUAUAUGGUACUCAUUUGAAAAAUUAAUUGAUGUUUGACUAUGCAUUAAUACCAAGGGGUAUUCCUUCUGUUUAGCAAACUCGUUUAUCAAUGUAAAUAUAAUAUAUCUUUUAAUAUUCGAGCAAUAUAUUAUACUUAGCUUAACCUUAUGAUAAAUCUGAUAAUUGUUAAACAAGAAAUUAUUAUACUUUAUAAUGUUUAUUAUGUAAAUCUCCUUUAUUAGAUUUAGGUAAUGAUUGCAAAACUUCAAGUGUUAAUUUGAAUGUUAAAUUAUCAAUCAAUUUUCUUACUUUGACUGUAUCUUUUCCUUUUAACAUAGAUACGAUAGAUUAUACCGGUCCUAAUUAAAGUAAUAAAUUAUGCUAAUUUUUAUUUGAUAAUCCAACAAAUACUUUGUUUGGUUAAUAAGCUUAAUGUUUAAUCUAGCCUUAAGCAAUCUUGGUCAAUUUAAGUAGUGAUGCAACAAUAUAAAAAGGUGAUACUUUAAGUUUUAAUUAAGUUUUAAAAUCCAGUGAUUAUUAAGCAUUAAUAACUCAAAUUAGUGGAAAUAAUGUAGACUAAGACCCUCUACCUAUACCCGGUGUUAUAUUAUAGUAUCAACCAGUGAUUAAUUAGUGUGAUGACUUAAUUAUUACCAUAAUAUAGUUCUUAAACACAUAAAAUAAAGGAAUAUCAACCUUUUCUUGGAGCUUAGAUUGGGUGAAUCCUUCAAAUCAAGAUAUAAGUACUAACAUAUAACAAAUUAUCACUUCUGCAAAUAAUUUACAGACUCCUACUUUAUAUAUGCCACUAACAUUUUUUGUGUCAUAAGUUGAGCUUUAACUAACUCUUUAAUAUUAAUAUAAUAUAAGAACCACAUCAUCUGAAACAAUUAAUGUUAAAGUUUUAGGUUAAGCUUAGGUUAGCAUACUUGGUAAAUAACUUGUUUAAGGACCUUAUUAUGUAAAAGAUUAGAUAGAAAUUUAUUUUUCUGUUAAAAUAAUCCUAUGUUCUCAAGACUAGUCUCAGAUUGUAGACAGAGAACAAACAAUUGAUAUAACAGUUACAGAAUAAACUCUUGGAUUAAAUAAUAACAUUUAGUUGUAAUAAAAUAGAGCCUUCUCAUAAAUAUUUGUGCCUUAUUCUUUAAAAGCCAAUAUAUAAUAUAACUUCCAAAUUGCCUAUCAAACUAGUGGUGGACUAUCAGGAACUUCUAGCUAUUAAUUGAUAUUAGAUAAAACUCCUUUGGUUAUUAAUAUCAUGGGUGGAAAUAGAAUUUAAGAUUAUGGAAGCAACUUAACAAUAAAUUCUGAUGUGAAAGAUUUAGAUUAAGAUCCUGCAAUAGCUCAAAACCAAAAUAUUUAGUUUACUUGGUCAUGCUUAGAUAUCUCUACUUAAAAUAUUUGUAAAGACAUUAGUGGAAAUGAUAUUACAAUACCUUAAAAUAGCCAAAAUAUAACAUUCAAUCAAUAUACUUUUAUUCCUUACACAAAUGUAUAAUUUACUCUAACUGGAACUAAAGAUACUCGUCAAUCUAACAGUUAAAUAAUAAUUUCAUUUGUUGAUAAUUCAAUUCCUCAGUCAAGCGUUAGUUUUAAAGAUGAAUUAUUGAUAAAAGAUACUAUAAAUUGGAAUGAUGUUAUAGAAGCUACUAUACAGUACGAUUCUACAUAAGAUGUUAACUUACUAUUCUUUGGUGGAGCCAUAAUAUAUUAAAAAUUAGUGGUUGCAUCGAUGCAAUUUGAAUAUGGAAAGGUGAGAUUUUAGCUUUGGAACUAUUUUUCAGGCUUUAUUCCUUCUAUUAAUGAUGUUGUUUUGAGAUUUUCAGUGUAUAAUCCAUAGUAUUACACUCCAAGCUAAUCUAUCUAUUUAUUUAAAUUGAAUUUUCCUCCUCUAAAUUGUAAUCUUUCAAUUAACCCAACAACAGGAAGCUCUCUACAAACUAUUUUUACAUUGGCUUUUUCUGGUUGUUAAACUAACAAUAUGCCUAUAUCAUAUUAAUUUUUUUACUAUAAUUCUGAAGAUAUGUACUAAUUAGAAAUAAAAAGUCCUGAGCUAAUAUAAAGAAAAUAAAUAACUGAUUUAACAUACAAUGCUGUAGCAAAUACAUACCUACCUCCAGGAAAUAUAUUCAUACUAGUUCAAGCAAUCGAUUCACUAGGAGCUCUUUUUAAUGCUACAUAAAUAGUUAUUGUAGAAUAGUCUAAUUUUGAUUAAGAUACAUAUAUUUAAGCAGUUAAUACGAUGAUUUCGUCUUCUUAAAGUAUGACAAAGCUAAGUUAAAUUUUAACUCUCUCUCUACUUAGUGAAGAUAUACUUACAAGACAAGCAUAUUAAUAAGCAAUUUAAUAAUAAAUUUUCUAAAUUUAUGGAUUAUUGAUUUAGUUAUCAAUAAAUGAAUAUUAAUCAUCUACAUUUUAAACACUAGCUACAUAACAAUUAACUAAAAUUACAUAAAAUAACUUAAGUGAAGGAAACUAAGCUUCACUUUAAGGUACUAUUGACUAUAUUCAAUAAAUUUUGAUUAAUGUUUAGUCUUAUUUGUAGUAAAAUAAAAAAAUACAAUACUUAUAAGAUUUUUACAAUUAAUAAAUUUAUAAUACAUUUAAUUUGCUAGAUUAAAAUACUAAUUUGAUAAAAAAUGAUAACUAAUUAGAAUAAGCUAUAAUUUAGCUGUCAUAAUAAAUUGGUGAUUUACUAAAUCUAGAUGCUUUGCCUAAUGAAAAUCCUAAAUAAUAUGUUGGAUAAACUUUGCUUGUUAUAAGUCAGCAAAUAACAAGCAGAAAUUUACCUUUUUAUUUAGAUUAGAGCAUAUCAUAAAGUUCAUGGUAAUCUAAUCUUAAUAAAGGACCUUAAUUUUAAGAAAAGCUUAACUAGGUUUAUCAGGUUUCAUAUAAAUAAUAUAAAAAGAAUGUAUAUAUUAAUGAAGAACCAUUUUAAAAUUUUGUAAAAAGUGUUUAGAGCACCUAAAAAAACUAUACAAUAAAUAAUUACACUGUGAUUAAUCCUUAAAUAAAAACAAUCGAAAAUUAAUAAUAAAACAUUUAGCUGCCUGAUUCUGUUAAAUUUACCUUUUCACCAAUAAAUAAUGAAACAUUAACUUGUAUAAAUAGAAACAAUACGGAGUGGACGACAAAUGGAUGCAAAACUGUGUUCGAUAAUAAAACAAAAAAUUAUGACUGCAUCUGUGAUAAUCUAAAUCCAGUAUCAGUAGCUAAUGAUAUAGCUUCUAUAUUUACAGAAAAUAAAAAUAUAGAAACUAUAUUUUCAGAAGAAGGAGUAAAGAAUAUUGAAAAAUUAAAUAACUUUUAUCAAUACCUUUCUGUCUGGGUUUUGGCUUUUAUAACUUUCUUAUUUGUUGGCUUAAUUUUAUAUGGUAGGUCUAUAGAUAAAUUAUCUAAAACGAUUAUACCAACAGUUUAGUUGUUAGAAUCAAAUUAAUUUUAAACAUAAAAGAAGCAUGAACUUGAUUAAGAUGACUUUAAUUUAAAUGAAAAAAAUAGCCAAUAAAAAAUUUGUUGUGAAAAUAAAUCAAUUUAAGAUAAUGAAUAAACACCUCAAAAAGAAAUCUAAUUAAAAUAGAAUUAGAAAGAAAAUUAAGAUUCAAUCAAAACUAAUAACUAAAUUCAAGAAUAAAAUCUACAAAAGUUUGAUGAAGAAAAUUUAUUGAUGAAUAAUACUCAAAAAUAAAACCCAUCUAAUGAUAUUAUUAAACAGGAAUAGUUCAACAAUAGCCCAUUUUUAGAAUAAUAGCCAGUUAUUAAGCCUCUUGAUAUUUUUUAAUAAAAAAAUAGCUUAAUUUUAGAUUCAGAUAGCUAAUAAAUAUAGUAUGAUAAAUAAUAAAAUUAAGAAAAAUAAACGAGUAUUUAGCUAUAAUAGCCAAAUGAUUAAGAAGAAUCAAUGAAAAUUGAAAACAUUGAAUUUCAUAGCGAAAAUAAAAUAAAUGAGAAAAUUUAACAAUAAACAUUUUCAUUUUAAUCAUUAAAAACGAAUUAAAAAUUUUUAAGAUUCAAGUCAUAAAGUAAAGGUAGCUUCAUUUAAUAGCUGAAGAACUAAAAAUCAAUUCCUGAAUAUAACUUAGAAAGCGAAUUUGUUGAAACAUAAUAAAAAAAUAACACAUAAUUGAACAUUAACCAAGAAGAAGAAGAAAAAAAUUAAAAUGAAUUAGACGCUAAAAAUAAAAUUACAUAGAAUGAGAAUUUAUAAGGCUCAACUUUUAAAUAAAUUUCAUAACACUCAAUAAGAGAUUCAUAUGAUUUUAACUAAAAGAAAUAGCUUUCAAGUGAAGUUAUUAUGGAAUCAAAGAGAUAAUCAGUUUUAUAUAACGAAUUUCAUUCAGAAUUAAAAACAGAAGCUUUGAUUCCUUAGUCAGAUAGAUUAAUUACAUAAGGAGCCAAUAAGCAAAUAAAAGAAAUCAUAACAGAAUAAAAUGAAGAGUACACUGAAAGAAGAUUUGUUAAGAACUCUCUCAAGAAGCAAGAUAGCAUUAUAAGUAUUUAAAAUGAUCAGGUUUAUAUUGAAAUUAAAAAAUAAGAGAAAAAGAAAAAGCUUCUUAACAUGGAUUUACUUUCAAGCGCUUUGUAUUUUCACGAUCUCUUCAGCAUUUUUAUAGUAUAUGACGAAGAAUUAAGUAGGCCAACAAGAUUUUUUAUCUAAUUCGCAAAAAUUUUGCAUACCUUUGAUUCAUAAAUAAUUUUUAGCUAUUCAUACACAUUUUUUUAAGUAAUUUUUAUUUAGAUUUUUAAUCUAAUUUUAAUAAGUAUAAUAUCUAAGUUGAUUGAGUAUGGGUUUACUAAAAGAGGAUAUAUAAAAAUGAUUAUUAAACUGUUUAUUUAUUCAAUUGUAGGUUUUUAUUACUACGCUUUCGUUUCUAUUGUAGGUAGUAAACAACCGAGCGAUACUAAUAUCGUCUCACUAUAAUUUUUACUAGUAUUAGCAAUAACCACACUUUUUACAGAUGUUUUAGUAGCCAUUUUUUGUAGAUUUAUAGGAAUUAAAUUAUUAAACUAGAAAGACAUGAAAGGCUUCUAUCUUAAAAUAUAUGAUAUUAUCAAACUGCAGUUAAUCUUAGAAAAUUUAUGAAAAGUCAAUUAUAAUUUAUAUAUCAG